GACGUUAUGCGGAAGCUAAACGCGUCCUUUUGAGAAGGGUUUAGCUUGGAGUUCUCGAGCGACACACGCUGUUAAUUUCUCUUGUUUAAAAAAGCCAACAUGGGUGUGUCAGAAGAAGAGGACUCUUGUCUCUUACUGGACAAAAAACUGCUCCAAUUUAUGGACCAGCUUGAGCUACUGGAGAAGAAAAGGGCAACUCUCAAUUCCCUCAUCGAGCAGGGAUGGUUUUCCAUGAGUAAGGCACGGUAUUCAAUGGGAAACAAGCAGGUGUCCACGCUUCAGUAUGCACAUGAGAUGGAUCCACUGGUUCGUGUUCAUGUUAGAACACUAGACAGMGGUAAAGUGGUAUUUUGCACAGACAAGUCUACACAAAAGUGUGGUGAAGAGUCUACAAAAGAUCACACAUCCUUAGAGGAAAUUGGACCUCAAGAAGGUGUCAGACAAAGAAAAAAGACAAAAAAUGUAAGAGAAAAAAAGGCAAGUGAGGAUGUGAGUGGAGAGAGAACUCAUGAUGAAGACCUGGUCAGAAAAGGAAACCAUAAUCCUCAGCAGGACCCUCUAAAGUGGUUUGGGAUUUUGGUACCACAGCCUCUUAGACAAGCACAGUCAUCUUUCAAGCAAGUAAUAGAGCUUUCUGCUGAGGUUGCAGCACUUCAGAUUGCAGUUUUAAACACCAGAGAGGAGCUGAGGAAUGGCUUUGCAAACAAAGUCACUUCAGGAGAACAAUCCAAAGUCUCUGCUGGCGACGGGGGUGACCCAAAAGAUGCUACUGGAUCGAAACAAGAGGACACCGAAAUUCUGUCAGCAAUCGAGUCGAUACAUAACGAGGAAUAAAAAUUCAGCAAGAAUGUUUUUUUUUUUCAGGAAUGUUGUUGUUUCUGUCUUGUGAUUUCUUGUAAACAGCUGUUUGACCUUGUACUAUUUUUCAAAAUAAAUUUGUGAAUAUUUCUUGU